UUCGAAACUUUCACGAAACGAAUCGGCCGACGCUUCUCUCUUUCAAAAGCGACGGACGUCGAUGGAAGUUGGCAAAUCGAGUGAAACGAUUUGCUCGUGAAUCAAUCGUAUCACGUGUUUGCCCAAUUCGCGAAUAACACGAUCGAUUGCGGUGGUGCGAGCGAGUCGAUCGCUUAAUAACAUCAAAAUCGCGGUACAAACGGUUUUCUUUAUACGACGAUGAUUACUUGGGUCGAAAAUAAGAUGGAACUGCAUAACAGCCCCAAUCUAAAGAAGAGCAGCUUGCGGGGUGACGAAAUGACGCUCAAGGAACCUCACAGAAAUGGCAGCACAUAUGGAGCCUUCCAGUCGAAGGAUCCCAUUUUGGCUGUCGAGAAGGGCAGCGACAUGGAAGGCGGAAGUAACGAGCAUGGGAUUUCCGUCAACCAUCCGACCUCGUAUGUAGAGACAAUGAUGCACCUGUUCAAAGGUAACGUUGGCUCGGGUAUAUUUGCGUUGGGGGAUGCUUUCAAGCAUGCUGGACUGCUGCUGGCUCCACCGCUCACGAUCUUCCUUGGGGUCAUUUGUGUUCACGCGCAGCACAUUCUUGUUCAGUGUAACGAGGAGGUGACGCGUCGUGUUAAUGAUCCACAAGCUACGUCUGGAUUCGCUGGUACCGUGGAAAUGUGCUUCGCCACCGGACCUCUUGCACUCCGAAAAUACUCUGUGCUUAUGAGAAAAUUGGUUAAUGUAUUUUUAUGUAUCACGCAACUCGGAUUUUGCUGCGUAUACUUUGUUUUCAUAGCUAGGAAUAUGAAACAGGUGUUGGACGUGUACGGAAUCGACAUGGACGUUCACCAACAUAUGGCUGUAAUCCUGAUUCCCAUAAUGCUCAGCACGUGGAUAAGGAACCUCAAGUACCUGGUGCCUGUUUCAUCACUGGCGAAUUUUCUAGUUAUCGCUGGCUACGUCGCCACCAUGUAUAUAAUGUGCCACGAUCUGCCACCCAUCCAUGAGAGGCGGUACAUAGCCUCUUGGCACGACCUGCCUCUAUUCUUUGGCACUGUGAUAUAUUCUUUCGAGGGUAUCACGCUGGUUUUACCCCUGAAGAAUGAAAUGAAGAAACCAAGUAAUUUCAAUAAGCCACUCGGUGUUCUAAAUGUCGGAAUGGUCAUUGUGGGAACAAUGUUCGUUGCGAUGGGUUUCAUAUCAUAUUUAAAGUACGGCGAUUUAGUGGCUGGAUCUGUUACGUUAAAUCUCGAAUCGUCGGAAGUGGUGGAUGGGAAAAACGUCGUCGAGCAUUCAAGUUUACCGCAGUGUAUAAAAGUUGCCAUCUCGUUGAGUAUAUUACUCACGUAUGCACUCCAAUUUUACGUUCCCGUUGCGAUUAUUUGGCCGGGGAUCGUCGACCAAUUUGGCCCUUUCAAGUGGCCAGUUCUAUCAGAGACUGUUUUCCGCUCAGCGUUAUGCUUCCUUACAUUUAUCCUAGCAGAGGCGAUACCUCAAUUGGGCCUGUUCAUAUCCUUGGUGGGCGCAGUGAGCAGCACCGCACUCGCGCUCAUAUUCCCGCCGAUUAUCGAGAUGGUUGUCUGUUGGCAGAACGCGACGUUAGGGCUCUUCACGAUAUCGAAAGACAUUAUCAUAGUAUUGAUUGGUCUUCUCGGUUUCGCGACCGGAACGUACGAGAGCCUCACCUCGAUCAUUCAGGCGUUUAGCAAGUAAUUUAGCUGCCUGUUGUACAUAUCGUUGUUUAUUGUACUCAUACACACGCGACAUCAACGGAUCAUGACAUCUACGCGAACAUCAUAGCCAACGAUUGCUGGAAGAGCCGGGGUUUUCAUAUUAUUUCCUGGAUCAUUAUUAUUUAUUAAUUCGAUUCUUCAGUUUCAAUCAGCGCAAACGGAUUACACGCCCUGUUAAUAUUUUAAUCCGUAUUUCUUGUAAUUUUUUCCUACACACCUUUUACCGUUUACUUUAAAAUUCAAAAUUUUAUGGAAACGUAAAUCUCGAAUUGUUAGAGGAAUCCUUUAUCACCUUCCGAGUAAUUUUCUCGUCACCCUUUAGCAAUAUUCUGAAUUUACUACAUGACAGUCGUGUUUCGUGAUCUGUUUCCUUUAAAUUUCAAAAUUUUAUGGAAAUUUAAAUCUCGAAUUGUUAGCGAAAUCCUUGAUCAACUUCCGAGUAAUUUUUGUCUAUCAACUUUUAACGAUAUUCUAAAUUUACAAGACAAUUGUCUUUUAUGAUUUGUCUACUUUAAAAUUCAAAAAUUGUAUAGGAAUUAAAAUCUCGAACUGUUAUAGGAAUCCUUCACCAUCUUCCGAGUAAUUUUCUCGUCACCUAUUCAGCGAUAUUCUGAACUUACAAAACAGUUGUCUUUCGCGAUUUGUUUACAUACAUAUAAAUUCAAAAUUGUAUGGGAAUUAAAAUCUCGAAUUUUUAGAGGAAUUGCUGGUAUCAAUUCGAAUAUUCCCACGUGUUAUUAUUAAUAUCGAAUAGCGCUCGUUUUCGAGCGACGUGUUAAUUAGUGUUUAAUUGUAGAAAUAUGUUCAUUCGUAUCUGAAAGAAACCGUGAAGCGAUCGAUAGGAAGAUUCCAAGGUUGAUAACGGCAAUCGGAUUACCAUGCAUGUCGCGUUGCACGCGUAAGUAACAUCAUAGCCCAUAAAGAGAUUGAUAGUGUUAGUUGUUUGUGUCCUGAAUGCGACGUAAAGCUAGCCCUAAGAAUUAAUGCCGUAGAUUCGUAGUAGAACUAUUCGAUAUUAAGAUAUUACAGAUAUAUUCUACGUAAAAGUAAAAAAACUGACUGUAAUUACCGUGAUACGUAGGUCGUACAAAUUAAAGGAAACCAAUGGAACCAGACAAUAACGCUGACCACUUUUUGUAAUCGUUGUAAAUUUGUAAUCGUACUCGACGAUCGUGUGAUAUAAAAGACAAAAAAUGUAGAUUUUACUGGAGACGUGCAAGUGAGUUACGAAUAGAUAGGAUCAAGUUUGCGGAAUGUUUUAUAGCUUUCCGAAGGCUCGAGAUCGUGUUCUUUUCGGGGGUGCAUCGAUUGUGACACUUUUACGUUGUAGCUGUGAGAAAAUGAUCAUUGUAUCGUAGUUGUGUUAGGGCGACCAGCGAUUCGAUUUCAUAAUUCGAGACGAAGAAAUAUAUAUAUUUUUUAUAAAUACAUCUUUGGUACAGUCUUUUUUUUUUUUUUUUUUUUUUUAUGGGAACAACUCUGAUCUGAACACGAAAAGAAUACAGGUUGGUCACCCUGAAUCACAAUGAAUUAUUAAUUAAUAUUGAUAUACGCGUCGAACAAUGUUAUCGUUACGGAAAUCGCUUCAUCGUAAGGCCACCAAAUUUUAUUAUGCAGCUAUCUCUCGAUUUACACGGAAGAUCAUGGCUUUUUUUUUAUGAAAAACUAUAUAAAUCGAAAGGAAGAGAAAGUGUGUAUAACUUAAAGUAGAAGAAAGUAAGAUAUAAACAAGAAAUAAAAAGAUAGUUCAUUCAUGAAAUGAGAAUAGUAUAAAGGUACAGCUCUUUUCACUUGUUUUUUUAUAAUGCAAACACUCAAUUCAAUUAUAAAAAUGUUACAUAAAUUAUAAUUAUUAAACAUAAAGUUUUAAAAAUUUUCGAUUAAAAAGCACAACUUUGAAUUCAUUUAGUGAUAAUAAACAGAAAUUGUUCGCAAUUCGUCAGUACCUAUUGAUAAAUGAUACUGAAGAAUAAUUGAACAAGUACAUGAGUAGCAUAACUUUCUGGGUUUACAGAAUGUUUUUAUAAAUCCGUUAUUUUGAAAACUGUAUAAAAAAAGGUAUCGUGUAAAUCGUGGGUUAGGUGUACUCACGAAAGUACUUGCGAUGCGAAUCCUUUUCAUAGCGAAUAAACACCUUAAGCGGGAGGUGAAUCGUAUCUGUAAGUAACUGAUGUAACAUCGAUUUAAUUGUACAUUUUAUUUAUUUUUUUUUCUUUCGCAGUAUAUGGUCAAUAUUUAUAAAAAGAAAAAGAAGAAAACGACGAGAAAUUGAAUAUUGUUUGAUUGCACGUUAUCAUGGAUCGAUGAACCUAUUAUACUUUAAUACCGAACUUUUUCUAUGUGUAUAGAUAUAUAGUGUCACUGAAAAUGUGAUGAAAACAUGUUUUUUUUUUUAAAAAAAAAAGAAGAAUAAGAAAACAGAAAAUUAAGUUAAAAUAGUGUAAAACUUCGAUAUCCGUUUUUAGAAAUGGAUCGAUUUUCCUGUGCGCAUGAAUUAUUGAAAGAGGGUUACUGGCAUGCUUUUUCAUAUGCAAACAUUGUCAAAUGAAGCUGAAAUCAGAUAUGUAAGGUCUUCACGGCCUGGUUCUUCAUAGUUGAUAUUAAAACUAAGGCUUUCUAAGCCAUGUUACUGUGUAAAGUUCACGAAAUAUUUGGCAAACAGAUGGCAAAGGCUUUAGAGUGUACUCCACGCUUUACGAGAACUCUAUACGAUAAUAUGGUUCAAGUUAAACUUCUAUAACUUCUGAUACAUGCAAUAUUCAAGCACAAAUUUUCUUUAUAUUCUGCAUUAUCAGUACAUCCUGAUGGUUAUGCAAAUAUUCAAUGACCUUUCAUAAGUUAUAGUUACAUGAAAUUUUAAUUCAGACUAUUGUGAGUGUAAUUUUGUUAAUACAGUUCCUACAAAUUGUUUCACCUCAUGAAAUAAUUUAUAAAGUAAUAGUAACGAUGUAUUUAAGAAAAAAAUGUUAUGUAAAAAUUAUUUUAUUAAGACAUAUAAUUGGAAAACAAAAAUUAUUUUAUUGAGAAAAAUAAUUGGCAAAUAACCGUUUUCUUAAAUACGGUCAGUGAAUCUUACGAAAUAUACUUGAUUGAAGCUUGGUAGUAACUCAAGGAGUUCAUAUAAGACUAGGAACAUAAGUGAUCUCAAAUUCAAAAAAUCUCAAAAAGCACCCCCUUUGAAAAUUAACUCUUUCUCCUACCUGUCGAUAUUACCUGUGAUUUUAGAUCGCAUCCUGUUAGUGUAAAGACAUUUUUUGUGAAUGUUUGCGAUCGUCCAAUGCGUCAAGGUACAAAGAGGUAGAUCUUGAUCGGGUGGCAAUGUGUUAAUAUCAACUAUGAAGCUGAAAUUCUUUAUACCACAAUCGAAGACAGUCAAACAGGCAAAGGGUUUCGUCGAGUAGAUCGAACGAGAAAAUCAAGUAAAACAUAUUAUUAAGGAUAUACAAGAAAUUAUGAAGAAAGGUUACUCGAUCAUUCUGGUACAAACGUUGUGCCACUUCGUGCAAAGAUUCGACAGUAUCGAUAUAAGAAUGAUCAUUCGCAGUGACGCAAAAUUAAGGUCAAAUUAAGCUUUCCAAGAUAUUUGUUCACUUGGUCGAGACGUCAUUCGUCUCGUGGCUAAUGUCGAUUUUUGUGCAGUUCGCGAACUGACGACGGACUUCUAGGAUUUUUCGUUGGCGCCAUUGUACCGAUAUAGUAUUAAUUAUUUAAGCGACUCGCCGAUAUUUGAAGGUGGGGUACAAAUUAUUGUACCUGCCACCUUGGAGUACAAAUUCUCUCAGGGAAACUUUAUACGUGUAGAUAGUGAGGUGUCUUUUUUUUUUUUUUGGUAUUUGCAGUGUAAAGUGAUGCCUUUCUUUUCUUGGAGGUGGAAUGAUGAUCAAUAAACAUGCGUGACGAAACGUAUUAUCUAUUCAUGUACCGAUGUAUUCAGUGUUGGUCGAUCGGUUGAUUAAUUGGCGAAUAAAUUGUAUGAUAUUUUGACCGUUACUACUGACAAUGAGUGCUGGUCGGAUUUUGAGACGGAAGGAUCGAUGGGAUCGAUGAAAAGAUUUGCUAGCAUACCUACGAGAGUAACUUGGUGUCGUUAAAAAUGACAUUUUUAAAUCUUCAUAAUUUAUUCGAUUUAUACGAUUCGGAGGACAGAGUCUUUGGAUGAUGGAACGAUUACUUUUUCGAUAUAGAUCAUUCUAUGUUUCAGGAAAAUUACAUAAAUAUCAAUGGUAGAACUGAACAAAUAUGUACAAGUACGUAAAUAAUACGUAUUAAAAAAUGGUCUCUUAACAUGUGGUACCUUAACAAAUUUACGAGAUGCCAAUAUUAGUUCGAUAGUCAAAUUGAAUAAAAUUUUAAACACAGUUGCCUCUGUGAAACUGUAAUACAAUAUGUCGUGUUUGUAAAUCCUUUUUUGAUAUCACGUAUGCUUCGAAGAUUCUUAAUAAAGACAUUGUUAAUGCUAAUAAUUGAAACUUUUUCGAUACAGCAAAUAUUAGCAGAUAGCAGAAAUACAGCAGAUAUUAGCAAAAACAAAAUCACACAUUAAAUAAAUAUGCGUUAGUAAUAUA